AUGGCAAAGGCCGGCGAGGCCGCCAAGGCGCGCGCUGAGAAGCGCUCCAACGUCAAGCAGAAGAAGAAGUUCGAGAACAAGAACAGCAUCGGCAAGACGCGCCGCAAGGUUGGCUCCGAGGCGCGGUACAUGACCCGCACCGCGGCCGUCAAGAAGCUGCAGGCGCGGGCAGCCCGGCCGCCUCUGGGAGCGGGUGGGGAUGACGCGCUGCCACGGCCGUCUAGCGGUGCGGGCAGCGGCAUUUUUCGUGUUUCGCCAACGGCGGGAUGGGAGCGGAGGGCUGCGGCGACGGUGACGCUCAAGGACUUCCGGCGGCUCUGCAUCCUCAAGGGCAUCUACCCGCGCGAGCCAAAGAAGAAGCACGAGAAGAAGGAGGCGAGGAGGCUCGACGCCAGGCGGCCUGUCUACAAGCUCGACCAUCUGGAGCUCGCGAAGAUGAUGAUGUCGCGCAAGAAGCGGCGGCUCUACGACCGGAUGCAGCACGGCAUCCAGAAGAAGGCGGUGGCCGCGGACGCGCUGCGCGCCAAGCGCGCGUCGCUCGAAGCCGCCGCCGCGAGCGCCAAGCCUCCUUCCGGCAAGGCCAAGGGCGGCGGCAAGUCCGCCCGGCGCAAGGCGUGA